AUGGAGAAGUUGCGGCCAAGGAGGUCUAAGAUUACGAGCAUUGCUGAUAGGAGCUCCGAGGAAAGAUUCGUCUCCACUGGACGAGCUUUUAGAGGAGGAAAGAGGCAGGUUCAGAAACAGAAAAACUUUCCAAAGUUGGCCUCUGAUUCUAGUUCUUGCAGUAGUGGCUCUACAGGGGACGACUCGUUCACGUUUGAGUUGGGGCGACGAUCUUCAAAGCAAGUUGUUGGAACUCCAAUAAAGAAAUUAUUAGCUGAGGAGAUGUUGAGAGAAACUGAACCCAGAAGGAGAUCGCCAAGCGUUAUUGCCAAAUUGAUGGGUCUUGAUGGGCUGCCACCUCAGCAGCCUGCUCAUAGACAACAGAAAAGCAUUUCAGAGAAUUGUCUUCAGAGGACAAGAUUGGUAGAGAAAGAGGAGAAGAGCAGCAUGUGUUAUGACCGCCGUUCAUCUAGGAAGAACUCAAAGGAGCAACAAGAAUUCAAGGAUGUGUUUGAAGUUUUCGAAGCUUCAAAUGUAGAAGGUCGUAGUUACUCAUCACGAGGGAAUGCUAACUCGAAGCUCAGUGAUGCUGAGAUGGCUUUUGUUCGACAAAAAUUCAUGGAUGCUAAACGUCUUUCAACAGAUGAGAGGCUACAGGAUUCAAAGGAAUUCCAUGAUGCACUUGAGGUGCUGGAUUCUAACAAGGAUCUUCUUCUAAAAUUUCUUCAGCAACCAGACUCAUUGUUCGCAAAGCAUCUGCAUGAUCUGCAAGGUGGCCCCAAUUCCCGUUGUGGUCGCAUAGCCUCUAUGAAGUCAUCAGAAGCUCAGAGGUAUGAGAACAUUGACCUUGGCUGGACAUCGGUAAGAGAAACCCCUCGGAAGAAUAAAUGUAAAUCUCCUCAGGAGCAUCGCAAUUCUUUUUCUAGCCACUCUGACAGUAGACAUACUGGUCAUAGUUCUCUCAAGUCAUCACUAAACCUAUCAGAAGCAAAAAAUGAAUCUUCCAUUCCUCCUACAAGGAUAGUUGUUCUGAAACCUAACCUUGGGAAGAUGCUGAAUGCUACCAAAACUAUUUCAUCACCUUGUUCUUCUCAUGCUUCUAUGUUAGAUGGUAGGAAACACGCGGAAUUUCCGAGCAUUAGAAAUAGGGAGACAGAAUCAUGGGGAAGGAAAAACUUCCAAGAUAAAGAUGGCCAUUUGACGCAUAAGUCUAGAGAAUCUAGGGAAGUUGCUAAGGAAAUCACAAGGCAAAUGAGGAAUAACUUUAGCGCCGGUUUUGUACGUAUUUCAUCAUCUGGUUUGAAAGGAUAUGCUGGUGAUGAGAGUUCUUGUAGCAUGUCUGAGAAUGAAUCUGCAAAUGAAUCAGAGGUGAUGUCAGUGGCUUCCAGACAUUCCUUUCACUUGAAUAAUCACUCUAGGCCGUCAUCAUCAUGCUCUACUGAAUCAACUGUGAGUAGAGAGGCCAAGAAGAGACUCUCAGAGAGAUGGAAAAUGACUCACAAGUCCCAAGAAGUGGGAGUUGUUAGCAGGGGCAGCACCCUUGCUGAAAUGCUUGCUAUCCCCGACAAGGAAAUGCGAGCAGAAAAAUUGAAUGCCAUGAUUGGUGAGGCAGGAUUUAGAGAUAAAUUUUCUACUGAAGAUGCACCUGCACGGGGUGGACCUCUGGGUAUCAGCAGUAGGGAUGGCUGGAAGGAUGGAUGUAUCAAUAGUUUAUCAAGAUCGAAAUCUCUUCCCGCUUCAUCUAGUGCAUUUGGAAGUUAUAAAACAAGUAUGCGCCGUGAAACUAUACGUGAUGACAGGUAUCUGAUACCAAAAGAAACAGUCCAGCACGAAAGAAACCAGCUAGUAAAGGAGAAUCUUAAUCUUAGAGAAGGUGCCCGCAAACACUCUAGAUCCAGUAAUAAAAGAUUGUAUUCUUCUUGCUCCUUAAGUAGGGAAGCUAUUGACAUUUCACCUGAAACUCAAACUACUCAGAGUAAAGAUAAAACCGACUUUGAAGAGAACAAUCAAUCCCAGCAGAAUAUUUCAGUCUUUGAGUCAUCACCUAGUAAUGCUGCAGAUUCAAGUUCAGCUUCUGUAAAACUGGUGGAUGCGGAUGCAUCCAUACCUUUCGAAACUCCUGAUACGUUCCUUCCAGAAUCAUCUUCUCGUAUGUUGGUAGAAGGCGAUUCUUCUUCUACUCCCAAAGAGAACCUAGUUCCUCAGGAACCAUCAAUCAGGCCACCUGUGGAACGGGCAGUUCCUUCUGACCACCCUGUACCUGGAAUAGAAUCGCCUGCAAGAACUAAGGAGGCUGAUCAACCCAGUCCUGUUUCAGUUCUGGAAGUUCCUUUCACUGAUGAUGCAUCAUCUUCUCCUGAAUGCUUUGAGAGUCUCAAUGCUGACCUGCAAGGGCUUCGGAUGCAGCUUCAGCUACUCAAGCUGGAGUCAGAACCAUAUGCAGAGGGACCCAUGGAAAUCUCAAGUGAUGAAGAUGUUGGUGAAGAGUCUACUGGGUUUUCAGAUGCAAUAGGACUUCGUAGAGAUCAAGGGAGCUGGGAGUCCUUGUACUUGGCCGAUAUUUUAACUGAAUCUGGUUUAAACAGUGCUGACUCGGGUACCUUUUUGACAACAUGGCACACUCCAGAAUGUCCUGUGAGUCCUUUACUGUUCGAAGAGCUUGAGAAGAAAUACUCUGAUCAGACUUCUUGGCCAAAGCCUGAGAGGAGAUUACUGUUCGACCAGAUAAAUUCAGGGCUUCUGGAGAUGUUUGAGCAAUUCACUGAUCCACACCCAUGGGUGAGGCCUGCAAACAAAAGAGUUGGUCCCAAGUGGAUCCAUAGAAGUGCACUCCAUGGUGUUCUGUGCAAGUUGCUGGCAAGCCAGGAAGAGAACGCAAAUGAGGACAAUCUGGAGAAAGUGCUCGAAAGAGACUCGCUGUGGUUGGAUUUGGGAGAUGAUAUAGACCUAAUAGGUAGGGAAGUAGCGAACUCGUUGAUAGAUGAGCUAGUAGCAGAGGUAGUGGUUAUGUAG